UGAUGACUUACUAUAUUUUGACAUUUGACGUAAAACCACGUAAAGGAGUUUCGUGAAGCAGGAAUAGAAAAGAAAAAAGCUUUUAAAAAGAUUGUAUAAUAUUUUAAGCGACAUGGCAGCGAUACUACAACACGCCGCAAAAAGAUUCAUUCAAACAUCAGCUCAAAGAAGCGCCCAGGUAGAAGGCCCUUCAGCUGUCUCUGGAAUUCAUGAAGGUGGUUACAAAAUCUGGAAGAAUCUUUCAAUUUUUGUAGCAGCACCUGCCAUCAUCCUGUGUGCAGUAAAUUGCUAUCUUCAACAUCAAAGUCACCACGCUGAAAGGCCAGAAUUUAUAAAAUAUGACUAUUUAGCCGUUCGUACUAAAAAAUUCCCAUGGGGUGAUGGCAACCAUAGCCUUUUCCACAACCCAAAAACCAAUGCUCUCCCUUCAGGUUAUGAGGAAUAAAACAGUAAUUGCAGUCACUAGUUUAUUUCAUUGUAAUUUCAAUUUUAAUCCCAAAUAUUUGUAAUAUAAUAGGCUAGGAAAAUAAAAA